AUGUCUCGUCUCGCAUCAGAAUCUCCUUCUCCGAAGAGGCAACGGCUCUCAUCACCGACGUACGACGAACAGUGCUUCAUCAGCCAGGCGCAGAUCGCAGUGUUCGAUGAGGUCGACAAGAGGCUGUCCCAGGGCACAUCGUCUGUACCCAGGCCCUCACAACGCCUCAGUCUCAAUCAACACAGGAAGAGGAGUAGCGACAUUGCGUUCGCGCUGGACCUCUCCAAGAAAGGACCCCGCGAUGACAAGGAGAACAUAGGUGACGAUGACUUUGACUCGCCAUCGUCUUCGCCGCUAGAUGGCGUUGCAAAGAAGAAUCACGGUCGCCAGAUCUCUCUCGGCCCUUUAACUGACAUGCAUUCUGUCACCCCUCUACGCACAUCUGAGCUCGCAAAGCUACCAGCAGCGUUUGGUCGCGACUGCAUUGAGGCGCUGGGGAGAAACUCCGAUGCGUCUGACCCCCUUGAUGAUAACACAACUGCUGACACGUCCGCUGAACCGGCUAGUAAUGUAGUCAAGUCUGAGGACUUUGAAACUACAUCGAUACCUCAAGUCGCGGAUGAUACCGCGAUGAAAGAAGCAGAUGACUUACCGUCAUCCUCGCCCGAUAUUCCCGUUCAGCAUGAUUCUAUUUCAGCACCUCAGCCUCUCUCGAUCCCCGCAGAAAAGUUUCUCUUCAAGUCCGCCAAGUUCGUGACUGAUGACGAUAUCCAUCCGGGUUUGAUCGUCGUAACGGAGGGUCCGAUCGACAUACUAUCUAGGUCUCCGCCACGGCCAUCCACGUCAUCCAACACGCAGCUCUCUCCAGCACACAUGAAUGAAAGGGCUUCGGAUAGGCCUGUAUCAUACACCUUGGACUUCACAAGUGCGCAUUAUGCCGAUCUGUUGAAAAACUCUCAGACGAUCAAGGCAAAGGGAGUAAUUCUACCGUCUGCGGAGACUUUCGCCGCCUUCGAGGAGCAGAAGCAGUUCUGGGACAAGCUGGAGAAAAAUUGUUUCGACGCCUCCGAUGAGAACGAUGACGUGUCACUGCACGUCAACCCGCCUGUGCCCGAGACUCCGACACGCUCAGCACUUCGUGCUGUAGAGAACUCCUCUACUUCUGCGAACCCGCCUGACACGCCGACUCCGUUGGGAAGAGAAGGUCCGCUACAGGGACUUAGAAAAGUGAGGCUCCCGGCUUCAGGCAAGAAUGGGGUCUUCAAAUCUCCGUUCAAAUCGCCGGACACGGUGGGAAAACCUGGCUUGCCGUCUUCCUACGUCAGCUCGCCUCUCAACCCCAAGCACUCCUCCAUGACAGAAAUCCCCGCCAUGGAGACACAAAUCCCAGCUGCCAUAUCCACGUCUUGCAAGCCAAAGUCAUUGAUGCAACCUCCAGCUGCUGCGUCAACGCCUUGCAAGCCAGAGCCAUCGUCGCCACGCCCAAGUGUAUUAUCAACACCUUGCGAGCCAGAACUGUCAACGCAACCCCCAGCUACUGUAUCAAUGUCUUGCAAGCCAGAGCCAUCGUCGCAACGCCCAGCUGUGUUGUCAACGCCUUGCAAGCCAGAACCAUCGACACCUCUCCUUUCGAGCACGUUCCCCUCUCGGACGCCUGUUAAGACUCUCGGACUCACCCCGCGUCGGGUAGGUGGAGGCGCUGGUGCGAGCAGGCCUUUUAAGACGCCUAGCAGGUUGGGAAGCGCAUUGCUGGAGCGACAACAGACCGAGCGUGGUGCGCGUUCUGACAGUGCAGCGAAGUUGCUUGUGCAAGUUGCAAGCAAUGAUCAUCAUUCUGCUGGUAAUAAGAACAAAGCUGGAAAUAGGUUCUUUGAUCUCGCACCGCCAGUUGGGCGACACACUCUUGCGUCGUGCGGGCUUGUGCCCCAAUUUUACAACGCUGAUACUUUGCAAUCUAUGGGAAUAGAUGCAGUUCAGUUGAACCAAAUGACUCCCGAGUCGGCGAUGUACUAUUUCUUCGACGCGACACCCCUGCAGGUACAAGCAUCGCCCGAGGCGGGGGUUACUCAUCUCGGUCCAGACGCUGCACUCAAGGAACUACGCGCGCGAGGCUGCAAGCUGGCGAAGAAAGCAUGGGUUGACAAUCACUGGGGCAUGAUCUUGUGGAAACUGGCCGGCAUGGUUUGUCUCCAGCCCGAGCAUGAGAGCAAUCCAGAGACGCGAAGAUGGUGCUGGGACGAAGUCAUGAGACAGCUUUUGUAUAGGUAUGAACGCGAGAUUAACGGCGGUUCUCGUCCAGCGUUCCGCCUAAUUACCACCCACGAUGCAUCCCCCUCCUGUCCCAUGGUCCUGUGCGUAUCGAAGAUCUUGUGGUCCGAGGCAGGUGCGGACGAGGAGGGUAUCACGACAGAGUGUGUGCCCCAGUUGGAGCUCACCGAUGGGUGGUACAGACUACGCGCCAACGUGGACGACCCUCUUGAACGUGCCAUUCGAAAGGGCCAUAUUCGUGUGGGCAGAAAACUUGCUAUUGCCAACGCUCGUCUGGUCUCCAAACGCAAAGGGCCGGAUGAGGUCCUGGACGCGUACAAUUCGAUGAGCCUCCAUAUUUGCGGUAACUCGUCUCAUCUUGCACCCUGGCACGCGAAGCUAGGCUUCAUGCGAUCACCUCCGACUACUACUCUGGACAGUCUGUCUCCCGACGGAGGACUCAUCACAUUGGUGGACGUUACAGUAGUCAAGGCAUAUCCGAUCGGAUAUAUUGAAUACAUCGAGCGCGACGGGGAGACAUUCAAAGAAGGUCCGCACAGCGAGCGCGACGAAGCCAAGGCCAAUGAAGAAUGGAAGAAACGGAGCGAGAGGGAAGCAGACAGAUUACGACACGAAUGUGAACAGAGAUUCCUGCGCUAUGAGGGCUUCGCCGACAAAUGCCAAACGCGUGCUGGAUCUCGAUGGGCUCCACCUGAAGAUGCCUGUGUCCCAUCUGAUGUUGAAUGUGAUUGGGAAACGAUUGUGGGCAGCCCCGAGUCCUUUGCUGGAAUACUGCGCAAUCUCAGUACCGACAACGCCGGCUGGAUGGCGAUGCAUGCUCGAGAAUACGUGCAAAAGGAAAGAGAAGCGAUGUAUGAGGAUAUCCAGAAGGAACUUCAGUCCCUCUGUCCUCCACGCAAUGCACGGAGUUUCCGCGCGAUUGUCGUGCAGGAUGCGCGGUGGUCGAAGCGUCGUCCGUAUCGCAAGGCGCAGCUGACAAUCUGGGACGUCGUGAGCCUAAACCUUACUGAGGGCAGCAAGGCGGGCCAUUUCAAGCAGGGUCACAGGUUGAUGAUCACGAACCUGAAGCCCACCCAACUCAGCGCAUGGAUGGUCCCUGAUGUGGACUCGGAGAUCUAUCUGACGACCCGCAAGGACUCCAGAAUAUCCUUGGUGAAGAAUUGA